AUUAGCAUUACUCAGACAUCUGCUUUGCCCACCCAUCCCUCUUCCCAUCCCGCAUUCAUUCCUCUCGCCCCUCGGGACUCACCCCUUCCCUACAUCCAGUAUCAAGCUCUAUCCAGAUAUCGCUAUAUUUGCUAUCCGAUGCUCGCUCAGAGGAGCAACAAGAAAGCAAGGCUGACGGCUUCUUUCCCAACCACUGUUGCCGCUCAGGAUCUUAUUCCGCAGCCCAGACCCCCAAGCACCAUUUUGACAGUAGAUGACGAUGACGACCAUAGGGACCCGAUGUCCUUCUUCUCAGAAGAGGUUGCGCUGAGUAUCCUUGAGCUGCUCUCGCCAGCGGAUCUCGGGAAGUGUGCCUGUGUCUCUAGAUUAUGGCAUCGACUCGUCAACGAUCAAAUGCUGUGGAGACGCCUGUUCCUGAAAUACCGAUUUAUAUACCCCAGAGGUCUAGCCUCCUUCUCCGGACCUCGAUCCUCCUCACAAUUACCAUCGAACAAUCGUCUCUCAACCAAUAACCACAAUCGCCACAGUCGCCUCAAACGGAAACGGUCCUCAUUCGGAUUGGGUUCUCAGCGACCGUUAUCAACAACACAGUACCAAAUCUCAUACGACCAUCAAUGCUGGAAGGCACUUUACCGACUCAACCAUAACUGGAUCAUGGGCCAAGCCCAUGUCACGGCCCUCACCGCUCAGGAGUUGCUCCAACGCGAUCAGCAUGCCUUGAAGCUCGCUGCUGCUGCUGCAAGCAGUAGCAACAGCAAGAGCGAUGUUAUGCAUUGGAGUAAGGCGGAUCUGAAAAGAGGCGGGAGACAUACUCCCAUGGUUCAAUUCAAGGGAUCGGUUAUCUUGAUUGUCAGUCCAAACGAUUUAGUCCAUCUUUGGAGAAUCCGGGCCGCAUCCACAUUGGAGAAGGAGGUGGGCGCUUCUGGGCCCGCACAGCCGGAAUUCUGGCAGACCUACCAGCCAUCCACUUCAAAGUCAAGGGAUACACCUAUGACAGAAAACAGCCGACGAUCCUCGCAGAUUACGUGUUUGGCUUUGGAUACUUGUAACAGGGACACAAACACAAACACGAACACGAACACGAAGCUAUGGCAAAAGGUCAUGGUCGGAUAUGCCUCCGGACACUUUUCAGUCUUUGAAUACCAUCCACCGAACGACACCAUUAACAAGGAUCAAAACGAACCACUGGAUAAUGACGAUGCUCAUACACCAACACUGCGCGAAAUCGGGAACACGGUCGACCUACCAGCUUGGAGCGAUGUCGGUCAAAUACAAACAGCUUCGUUCCUUCACCCGAUCCUCACAACCUGUUCCAUUGACGGCACAGUCUCGAUUUAUAUCCUCAACUCAGAAUCUCCCACGGACGAAACACGGCCAUGGUGUCGGCUGUUGCAUCGUCUCUACGGGACCUCGACCGCCUCUCCCAUCGGGAUCGCACUCGAACAGAUCCCGACCUCAUCACCAUCGUCGUUGUCGUUGUCGUUGUCGUCGGUCGAAAAUAAAAAUCCGAUGGCGAUGGCGGUGCGAUGGAGGGCACUGCUCAGUUUCGGGCUGGAACUCUAUGACGCCUCUUGGACGCUUCGGCUCCAGGAGAUCGAAUUCGAUGAGCGCUCGAUCCUGCACUCACUCGAGAUAGGAACUGCCGACGGCCAUGGAUCUGAUGAAGGCAUCGACGCUGAUGCGGACGAGGGAUACGGCUCCCCGUUUUCUUACCCCCACCACCACCACCCCUACUAUUUCAAAUCGGCAAUGACUGCCGCAUAUGGAUCUGGAUCUGGAUUGGAGGCCUCGCAUCCUGCGAUAGAGCAUGGACAUGGACAUGGACGGAUAGGAUCGAUCUCUGCUAUUAGUAUCUCUUGGCCGUUCGUCGUAACAACCCAUAGCGACAAUACUAUGAACGUCUUUCUCAUGGCCCGGACACCCACGGGAUCCAAUCCAACGUGCGGACAAAAUCAUGGGGUCCACCGUUCUGACGAAGCACCUUCCCCGUUGAAUAGAGUAACUUUACGGAGGGUGCGGUUAAAGUUCCAGCAUUUGUCGACGCUCUAUGGACAUUGUGGGGCGGUUUCGAGCGUCUCGAUCGAGGCGCAGUCAGGGCGGUUGGUUAGUGCGAGUAUGGACCGGUCGAUCAAGGUCUGGACGAUGACGACAAAAGACCAGGAUGAUCCACUGGACCACCAAUUGGAGCACCAGCAGCAGGAGAGGGUUCAUCGAUGCUCAGUAUCGAUGAGUGAUAUCGACAAGAGCUGGACGGAGAGUGGCCAGGUGACGAAGGAGGAAGGGUUGGGGCUCGUUUGGGUCGGUUCGGAUGAGGAGAAGAUUGUCAGUAUGAACUGUGAUGGUACUGUCAAGGUGUGGCAGUUUUCUUAGAAUGAGAACGAAGGAGGCGAGCGGAGAGUU